AUGUCAAGAGAUCUCAACGUUGACAUUCACAAUACCUCGUCAGGGGUUGACGACGUCGAUGUCAGCUCCGUACUGUCACAACCGCUGCCAACGGAGCCAGCGCCUGCACGAACGGAAGCAAUGUCGCUACUCGAACUUCAAAAGCAACUCGACGCCGACAUUUCGCGGCACAUGGCGGUUCUCACAUACAAUGGCGUCAAUAUGGCAACACCUCUGAUAGAUCCGCACGGCUUUCCGCUUGGCAACAAAGACCUGAUGGCAAUCCGAUCUGCGAGGCAACGCAUCAACGUGCUCCGUAACGACUCGAAAGCGCUGCGCGACCGUAUCUCCAAGCUCCUAGAGCUGGCGAUCAACGGUGAUGCUCUUCCACCAUCAUCAUCAGUGGCCGCAACGGCUUCAACAAGGGGCACAACAGGAUCACAGCAAGAGCUCAGAGCGUUUGCCAUCGUAAACAGCGUAGCAGACAAUAGUCCGGCUCAGACAGCAGGAUUGGAAGCAGGCGAUCAGAUCCUUAAGUUCGGUCGGGUGACGGCGGAGGACCCGGAGGGCUUGGGUGCAUUGGCUGCAUUGGCUGCACCAGGAGUGGUUGUAGACGGCGCAGGAAUAGAGCUGCUGGUGCAGAGAGAAGGUGUAGCGGAUACUGUCGUCUUGACGUUGAUUCCUAGGGCAGGCUGGGGUGGAAGAGGACUGCUCGGCUGUCAUUUGCUCCCUUUGUAG